AUGGAUGAAGUGUCAGGCUUUUAUAUUAAGCAACUCGGUGGUGGCAAUAAUGGCGUCAGUGGCGGCACAGGGACCAAGUGUGGGAGGUGGAAUCCAACGACUGAACAGGUUAAAGUUCUUACAGACUUGUUCAGGUCUGGGCUCCGAACUCCUAGUACUGAUCAGAUCCAAAAGAUAUCUUCUCAGUUGAGCUUUUAUGGUAAGAUCGAGAGCAAAAAUGUUUUUUAUUGGUUUCAAAACCAUAAAGCUAGAGAAAGACAGAAGCGCCGCAGAGUUUUGGUCGAUGAACCUAAUGAAUUCCACCACCAAGAAAAGCUUUCAUCAACGAAAUAUGUUGCAGAGUUAAAUCAGUUUAGUUCUGAGCCUGAAAGAGAACUGGAGACUUUGCAACUAUUUCCACUCAACUCAUUCAGGGAGCCGAAUGAGUCGGAGAAGCGUAGAUUGUUUGCAAAUGAUUACUGCAAAGAGAAUUCAUACAGUAUUGGGACGGAAAUGGAUCGUCCGACAUUGGAUUUACGAUUAAGUUUCCACUAA